GUAAGGCCCAAAAUCUUAUCACAGCAGAGUUUGUUGUUGGGAAAACAAAGAAUAGCCACAGCCCACACUCACUCCUCUGUCUCAGCCGUAAACUUGGCAUAUCUUUCUCCGGCGAAUUCCUCGACGAUCUUUGUUUCUCCCCAAAAACAGGGCUGUUAAGGAAUCUGCUUGUGGAAUAUGCCGUAUCUGGUUCGUGAUCAUCUGUUUAUUGGCAACAUAGGCGAUGCAGCGGAGGUUCUUCAGCAUGGUAGUGAUGAAAUUACACAUAUCUUGUCCGUCCUUAGCUCAGCUUCAAUCUCCUUUUUCUCAGAAUGGCGUUCUGGGAUUUCGAUACCAACCAAGGAGAUCCGGAAGGAAUAUGUUGGGUAUUCGGGAAAUGCAGAUGCUAUAACUGAUGAGACUAAGAGCUCAUCAACACCUAAGAAGCUCCUGUACUUGCUUGAGAAUGCAGGGAAAGAUUUGAAGUUUAUAAGGAUGGCUGUGCCCUUGAGAGACAUGGAGAAUGAGAAUUUGCUGGAUUCUUUAGAUGUUUGUUUGGAUUUUAUCGAAGAAAGUAGAAAAGAGGGGUCUGUAUUGGUGCAUUGCUUUGCUGGUGUAUCAAGAAGUGCAGCCAUCAUUGCAGCUUACCUGAUGAAAACUGAACAACUAUCUCAAGAAGAUGCGAUUGAAUCUCUACGUCAAAGCUGUGAAUUUGUCUGCCCAAAUGAUGGUUUUCUAGAUCAGUUGAAAAUGUUUGAACAGAUGGGUUUCAAAGUAGAUCAUGCAAGCAGCGUUUACAAACGCUUCCACCUUAAAGUCCUAGGUGAUUGUUAUAAUCGUGGAGAAAGAAUAGACACCUCUAAAUUUGGGGCUGAUCCAGGCUUCGCAGCAGAAAAUAUUUCCUCAGAUGUGGAUGUAUCCUUGUCUAAGGAAACAACUCCUGCUCGAACUUACCGCUGCAAGAAAUGCCGGAGAGUUGUAGCACUGCAGGGGAAUGUUGUGGAUCAUGUUCCAGGAGAGGGCGAGAUGGCAUUUGAGUGGCAUAAAAGGAAAAGUGGCAAUCCUUUUAACAAACCUGAUGAGGAGUGUUCAUCUGUCUUUGUUGAGCCUUUAAAAUGGAUGAGGACAGGUACAGCA